GGCCCGUCGGCGGCGCUGCAGGGAGGCGGGGGCUGGCCCGGCGCGCCCCGCUGUGCCGAUCGUCACAACGCGUCAGCCGCGCAGAAGUGACCCUCGCCGGGCUCCGCCUCGCUCCCAGAGGCUCAGGUCACACAGACAAAGCUGGGAUUUGAACCGUGGUCCUUCACACUUCAAAGCCAGGGCCUGGCCCAUCUUUAGGAGCCCAAUGACCUCGCCAGUGACCCUCCGAAUAAAAGCUCCAGUAAAGAUGUGUCAUUCUCCGAAGAUCUUUUAAAAAGAACCCAAACAGGAGCAUGAUUUGCAUUUCCCCAGCAAGACAGGCGAAAGCUACCACCUGUGGAGGGUUCAUUCCAUCUGCUUCCUGGGGAGAAGGGGGCAAUAAUUUUCACCCAGAAGACCAGUUUUGGGUUUCCUCAUCUGGAGAUAAACUAAUUUUCCAGGCCACACAAUUACAGCAGCCUGAGUGGCCAACAUCAUAGCUUCAUCUUCUGCAGAGGGAACUGGAGCCGACAGAGAUCCUGUUGUCACUUGCCCCGAGUCACACAGAGAGGAAGUGGGUAAGACCAGAUUUCCAUCCCAUGCCCAGGAACUGGUUCCUGCAAUUAUGGAGAGCGAGAAGGCCAAGAUGUAUAGUCAGCAGGCUGGAGACCCAGGAGAGUUGAUGGUUUUAUGCCUCAACGAACCUGGGCAGUAUGAAAAUUGGGCAGCUGGAUCUAGAAGCUGGAUCACAUUUGGAUUCAAUCCCCUUGGCAAGACCAUAGGAGGAGAAAUAAGUGCUUCAGGACCACCUGUCUCAAUACUUGGAAGAAUAAUCAUUGCUCCUGUGGCAGCCCAGAAGAAUGAAAUGAGGUGGUGUGCUCCUCUCUCUGUUCCUGUGGAUUUCCUACCUCAGCACCAAUGGUCAGCCACCUCAAUGAGCAGAGACAGAACUACAAGAGCUGGGUGCUAUGGGCCUGAUAUACAAAAAGACCAGAUGUGGUCUGCAGUCCACGGCCUGCCCUGGUCACUUGGACCAUGUGUCCUCAACAGAAGCAGUAUCUCCCCCAGCUGUGAAUCAUGUGGUAUGGGGGUGCAUGGGGAGCAUGAUGGUUAAUGUUAAGGUUCAAUCUGAUUGGGCCUUGGAGCACCCAGACAUUGGGUCAAGCAUUAUUCUGGGUCUUCAAAGGUGUUUCUGGGUAAGACGAACAUUUGAAUUGGUAAGAUAGUAAAGCAGAUUGUCAUCCCUAAAGUGGGGAAUCAAUUAAAGACUCCGAUAGAACAAAAAGGUUUACCCUCCAGGAGCAAGAGGGAAUUCCUCCUGACUGACUAUCCAUAGCUGGGAAUGUGGUUCUUUCCUUGCUUCAGACUCAAACUGAAACAUCAGUUCUUACUGGGUCUUGAGCCUGCUGGCCUUUGGACUAGAACUUAACACCACUGGCUCUCCUGGGUCUCCGGUUUACCAACUGCAGGUCCUGAGACUUGUCAGUCUCCAUAAUCACAUGAGCCUCUUAUUUUAUAUAUGUUUAAAAAAUAUGAAUAUACUGAAAUAUAUUCAUAAACAUACAUAUGAGUAUAGAUAAAUAUGUGUAAGAAUCAAGUCAUGCAUACACAUACAUCCUAUCAGUUCUGAAGAACUCUAAUAAGGAGGCAAAAAUUCUCACACAUUUUAUAAUGGUUUAAUGGUAACCCCUCGCCUACAGGGCCAUAGUACAUAAACAUAUUUGCAAUACAUCUGUGGUAUUAAAAUUUCAUGGAGGUGGGGGCAAUUAGGAAAAAUUGUUUUUUUACAAUUUAUUUUUUCAUGAGAGACACACACAGAGAGAGAGACAAGCAGACAUAGGCAGAUGGAGAAGCAGGCUCCCUGCGAAGACCCUGAUGUGGGACUCAAUCCCAGGACCCCGCGAUCACAACCUGAGCCAAAGGCAGAUGCUCAACCACUGAGCCACCCACGUGUCCCAGGGAAAAUGGCUUUAAAAUUCUCCUUAAGGGUAGCAAUGUGUUUUGUGACUUUUUUUAAGAUUGAGAAACAUGGCUUUGUAUCCUAGUUUUUCAUGUGCCCCAGAUGGGAACCACCAAGACUGUACGCUUCUUGCCUCAAAGGCUUUUCCCCCUCUUGCCAGCGUUUGCCAACCACUGACUGACUGAAGUUGGUGUGUCAAUGCCCCUACUCCCUCACUCCUGGGGCUCAUGUGUUUCUCAGUUUGCCCACAGGGAAUGAGCUUCAGUUGUCCUUUGUGGCUACUGCUUAAGGACAUACUCCUUUGAACUCUCUUGCACUGUUGGUGGGAAUGUAAACUGGUGCAGCCACUCUGGAAAACAGUGUGGAGGUGUCUCAAAAAGUUAAAAAUAGAACUAUAAUCCAGCAAUCAUGUUACUGGGUAUU